AUGGCGAAAAAGACAUCCACCGCACCCACCGCCAUCCAGCCUUCAGCAGGCAAGAAAAUCACUUUCGACGAUGCUCCUUCUUCCGAUGAAGAGAUGCUCGACCAAGAUCAUGAAGACGUUGACCCCCAAGGCUUAAUAUCUAGACGUGGAGAAGAUGAGGAAGAGAGUGAUGAGGAAGAGGGCGAUGAGAGCGAUGAUGAUGCGCCGGAAGCUGUGGGCAUGAGCGCUGCUCAAGCUCAAGAGAGGGAGAAGGCCGAGAAAGAAGCUUUGGAACGUCUGUCGAAAGCCAAAGCUGCCAAAGCCCGUGCCGACGCCAUCGCCGCUGCCAAACUCAAGGCCCAGCCCAAACCUCAGCCUGCCAAGAAAGGAAAGGGCAAACAGCCUGCUCCUGUUUCUGAAAGCGAGAGUGAAGACGAAGAUGAUGAUGAAGAUGAGGACGAAGAGACCAAGAGACUGAGACGGAGAAUGGAGGCUGCCAUGGCACAAGCUGGUGACUCUGAAGAAGACUCGGAUCCUGAUUCGGGCGAUGAUGUCUCUGGCGACGAUCAGCAGUCUUUCCACACCGACUCUGAAGGUGAGGAGGAAGAAGAAGGAGGGGAGGAGGAGGAAGGGUACGACACGGACGUUUCGGAAAAUCUGUCAAAUAUCAAGAUUGACGCAUCGAGCAAGGCCCGGUGGGGGCAAAUGCAAAAGAUGAUGGAGGCAGCUGAGAAGCGGGCCGGACCUGCUCCGUCAUCCUCCAAGGCGGCGGCAAAAGAGAAGGUGCCCAAGAGGAAGGCUGCCGAAGAGUCUGAAUCAGAAGAGGAGAGUGAAGAGAGCGAGGAAGAGGAGGACGAGGAAGCAGCGUACGACCUUCACCCCACAGCCAAACCUCUCUCCAAAUCCGUGCUGCAAGCGGCUGCUCAAGCUGAGGUUGAGAAGAAGGAGCGGGAGAAGGAAGCCGCUGCUAAGAAAGCGGCUGGUGGCAAGGAGGAAAGCAGGAGAAGGAAGAAGAGAAAGGUGGCGAAGGAGGUGACCAGCAAAAAGGUUUCCGAAAAAACCACCCUGCAUCUUCUUGCGCCCACCCUUACCUCCUCCGAUGCCCUUCCCCCAGUUCUUCCAGCGAAAUCAAAAGCUACUACAGCACCUGGCGGGAAGGCGUCGAUGAACAGGUUUAUGAAGAGAGCCGUGAAGAGUGCAGGCGCUGGAAACACCAACGGGAAGGGGCUCGAAGGAAGGAAGAGGGCAGUAGGCCAUGCGUUGCGUUGA